CCUGCGACUUCGAGAAAGGCACAUUUUGCGGUUGGGAACCAAGCACGGGCGAGAUGCAAUUCAAGCUAAACGACCCUGCAAAGCACGUUCCACCCUCUCCCAGUUCUGACCACACUCUCAAGGCGUACAAAGGUCGCUUUAUUUUUGUCGAAAAUCCUGAUGGCAAAAUGAAGAAUGCCACGCUCAGGAGCCCCCAAUUUCCCCCUGAUUUUGGCCGUGAAGUCUGCAUCUCUUUUUGGCACGCCUCUCCACCAAACACAAAGGGAUUCAUUGCGUUGAACAUCUCCCGGCCAAACUCACUCAAGCUAUGGAGAGACAGCUCAAACACGGUUCAUUUCUGGGCUCAUGAAAUCACUACACUGAAUUUGCCAAAAUCAGCCGACCGGCUCUACUUGGAAGCCUACCUUUUCUUCGGCUUGAUUGCCAUCGAUGACCUGCAGAUUACACCUGGGUCGUGUCCACAAAGAGAUAAGUGUACAUUUGAGAUCGGCAGCCCAUGUCCCCUAUACCUUCAACCUAGCACGUUGAGAAGAUGGGUCAUCAGCAGCAGCAGAUCCCUGAAGGUUCCCGACCAUACGCUCCAAGACAAUAAGGGAUAUUUUUUGUUCCUGAACACUAGCAAGAUUGACCCCGCCCAUCCAGAAUCGAGGGUGUACUUCUCUACGCGUAAGCCCACCCCGGCAACCUGCGUCACCUUCUGGUGGAAAGGCUUCGGAUAUCGCAGCGACCUCAACGUAUAUGUGCACAACGAAGGAACGUUACUGCGGGACCCUGUCCUUUCGCUGUAUACGGAUCCCACACCAGGCCGGUGGAACCCGCGCACCGUCACAAUUUCGUCGAGGACGCAGUGGCAGCUGGUUUUCGAAGCGGUCUCAUACCCCAAUAUCCUCGAAGCUUCAGGUGUGAUGCUGGACGAUGUCGAGUUCACCGAUGGAAACUGUCCGCGCGAUGACCUCUGCACGUUCGAAGAGGACCUCUGCAUACCAUGGGUGGACGUGACGCCAUAUGUUGCCGAAAGCGUCAAAGGAUGGCAACUCCAGCGAGCUGGGAGCUUCAACGAGCUACCCAGAGAUCACACAUUGGGUUCAGAAGACGGCUACUACUUGCUGUUCCGAGGAACGGGCAACACCAGAGACUCGGCCGUCCUCACGCUACGGGAGCAUCGCUUCUCCUGCGCCUCCAUCUGGUACUACGUGUCCAACAGUACUCGCGGCUGCAGCAUCCAAGUGCCCGGCCAACUUCUCGACAAGGCGACCAGGCGUUGGAAGCGAUCAGUUUUCGACAUCGACCGGUAUUCAGAGGACGGGGUAACGAUCCGAGCCAACUCUGGAGAGGACACCUCCGCUUUUGUGGCAAUCGAUGAUAUGCAGGUAUCCAAACUCCAGUGCAGCGAAAUAGGCAGGCCAGUGGCGGACAAUUUCGUCUGUGGCACCGUCCCCGAAUCUUCAAUCCCACCAGACAGAGUCUGCGAUUUUGUCUUCGACUGCUCGAACGGAGCCGACGAGGUGGACUGCGGAAACUGUGACUUCGCUAAAACGACUUGCGGCUGGAACCUAGGAGAUCCCGGGAGCAGGAAAUCGAUGCGCUGGCAGAGGACUCGCGUCGGAGACCUCGAGAGAAGCCCCAAGCUCAAUUCAAAUGAAACCACGGACGGUCACUACAUGAUUCUGGUUCAAGAAGAAUCGAAGUACACUACAGAAACAGCAGUUGCAUCAUCCCCUGUCAUUCGAAACACAAACUUUCUUUGUGCCAUCACGUUCUGGUACAACUACGAAAACAACACAAACCCGGUGUUCCUCCAACUCGAGGUAAAGGGUUACGAGAUGACUGUCUGGGACCUGCUAGCUAAAAAACCCGCAAAACCGAAGGGAACUUGGAAUUACGAGGGAGUUCUUAUCGGCCGUUAUCCAGGAGAGGUCAAGCUUAACUUUUUAGGGAUCGAUAGCCGUCAUGAUGCAGGAUACUUCGUCAUCGACACGAUUGAGUAUGCCAAUUGCGGCCUGCCUCAACCGGAACAUUCAUGCGAAGAUCGUUUUAGGUGCGCAAACGGAGCCUGCAUCUCGCGUCUUGACGUAUGUAACUAUGUGGACCACUGCGGGGAUGGCAGCGACGAGCUCAACUGCGGAGACCAUAGCAUGGGAUGCAACUUCGACACCUCGUUCUGCGACUGGAAGCCCAUUGUUCCUUCGGAACAUCGCUCAGCCUAUUUGAAGUGGGUUCGUUCGCGUCCGGGAAAUUAUCUUGGCUUAUCUCCCACGAGAGACCACACCACUGGACUCCCCAAAGGUUAUUUUUUGCACUUACGUUCGAGAUCUGUAAAAGUGGAAUCCGAGAUUGCCGGGCCUGUCCUUCAAGGCGGGGGGUUCUGUGCGGUCACAUUUUUCUACGUGAUAUACAACGGUGCUCCGUCCACGCUCACCGUAGGUCUCAGAUAUGCUAAAAAUGGGCCGGUUAAAAGAGUCUGGCAUACAAAAAACCCCAGUGGCUUCUUCCACUUUGUGAAGGGAUUCGUGAGCCUUACCGACAAUAAACCAUUCCAGGUGUUCUUCAUAGGGACUCACGAAGCAACCAAUGACGCCGCCUACAUCUCCAUCGACGAUGUUUCUUUUCUACCUGGAUGCCGUCCAUACAAAGGCAUUCUUCCGGAAGCCCCUGUCAUGCCCCCAACCACCGAGGCCCCUGCGUGCCCCGUGGGCCAGUUCACGUGCGUCACUUCCCGCCAAUGCAUCCCACAGGCCCAGGUCUGCGAUUUCAAGAAGCACUGCGCGGACGGGUCGGACGAAAAAGAUUGCGGGCAAUGUGACUUCUCGACGGACAUGUGUGGCCUGAUCACGGACGACCCCAACGGAAAAUUCACAUGGAAGCGAACCUUGGCUGCAGAGGUGAAGCAGAAUCCGUCUCGCAACUAUGGCCUGCCAACAUCUGACAGGGAAAACAAUCCACAGGGAUCCUACGUCGCCUUUAGGCUCACUAAUCCAGACGUUCCAAGAACAGAUGCCAACGCCCUGUUGACUCCUCCGUUGGGUCAAAUGGCCCACGCAUGCACCGUGAGCUUCUACGCCUUCCUCGCACAUCCGAAUUCUGCAUUGUGGUUUGGUGUUCAGCGAAAAAUAACGCCUAAGACUUCUAGGCGCAAACGAUUCUUUCUGCUUACGAGCGCCGAGAGCAACCAGACAUGGACCAAGGUGAAUAUUAAGGUCGGGAACUGGAAUCCUGGAGCAAGAUUCUACUUUAUGACCAAUCAAAACCACACCAGCAUCGACGGUAUUGCAUACCGUGGGUGCCACCCGGACAGAGACAGUGACACAUACAAGGACGAGUUAUGGCUGAGCUGCGAAUUCUCGUAUGACGAUACGUGUGGUUGGUUCCCGGAGAACCUGGAUGACGAGCUGGACUGGACGAAGUACGCUGGAGGCGUGGUUACUCGCCCCUGGCAACCCCCGGCUGAUGAUGUGGGACAUUCGGGCCCGUACAUGUUCAUCAGCAACCCUUGGACAGUGGAAGCCAGUGGACACUUGGUAUCCAAGAAAGUGGAAGCAUCAGGCCCCCACGGCCGCUGCUUCUCCUUUUGGUACAACAUGAGGCACCCCAACAGCGGAACCCUGAACCUCUACCUUCGCACGGCGGACAACUCCACCGAUCUAAUCUGGACCCGGAGUGGACCACAGGGAAGAGCAUGGCUCAGGGGAUACGCCGACACCAUUUCUGACACACUGGGAAACUUUGUGCUGGAGGCUGUGCUGCACGGAUCCACCCCGGCUGUCAUAGCAGUGGAUCAGAUCAAAGUGACCAGCAUGUGGUGCAAGAGCAAAACGGUGUGCGAUUUUGAAAACGACAACUGCGGCUGGACCCUGCACGACUGGGAGAUUAAACGUGGCCAAAGUGGCAUUCAACCAAGAAUUGAUUACACUACAGGGACUGCUUCGGGGCACUACGCUCGGCUGCUACGCUCCAACGGUCGUCUGGUUAGCCCGCAACUCCGGGGUGGUGAGUCCUCAAGCCGACGCUGCGUCAAGUUCUGGCACUACGUGUCUGGCGGAGAGACCGAGACGCUGAACGUGAGCCGUGUGACGAACUUCCGCAACGAGGAAACAGUCUGGAGCGUUCGCGCGACCCAGGUUCGAGCAAGGAGGUGGCUUCCGGGGUCUGCCGAGCUGCUCGGAUACGAAGGGCCUCUCAUGGCGGUAUUCACGGGAUCCACAUCUGGUAAUUCGGACGCGGCCGUUGCCGUGGACGACGUCGUGAUCGACCCUUACGGCUGUCCUGCCGGAAGCUGCCAGUUUGAGGAGGACUUUUGCAACUGGAGAAACUUUGGAACUAACAGCAAUACAAUGCGCUGGUACCGGAACAGCGGUCCGACCAUGUCGGCUGGCGGCCCUUCGGUUGAUCACACUCUCAAGACUGAAAAAGGCCACUACUUGCUCCUGGACGCACAGGAUCUGGCCAAAGUUCAAAUAGGCGUCUUGGACAGCGAGCUUCUCAGCUAUGGCCCCAAUGUUUGCUUCCGAAUGUUCUACCAUAUGGAUGAGGGAAGUGAUGCCAAGAUCACUGUCCACUUCCUGGAUGUCUCCGGAGAGAGUGAAUUCGGAUAUAAGCUCCAGGCACCUGGAAAAAAUAAUUGGACGUUGUUUCAGCAAGACGUUGUAAAACUGCCAUCCAUUUACAGAGUCCGCAUCAUUGGAAUUCCUGGCAGCAAGAGGAAAAGCGACAUUGCUAUUGACGACAUUGAAGUGUUUUCUGGAAAAUGUUCGGGAGAAAGCGUUUCAUCGACUGAAGUUCCUUUGACUACACUUGAUUCUGGAACAUCGUCAACAGAUACGACUCCAACGAAAACAGCCCCUAUCGUUGAAAGUACAACGUCAGAAGCAACGAGCGAAAGCGUGAGCACCACAUCGGCAGAACCGCGGACGCCACCCGUCCUCGCGUGCCGCCCCGGAGAGUUCAACUGCCGUGACGGCGAGCACUGCAUUCCGUCGGCUCUGCUCUGCGACGGGGUGAAGGACUGCCCCAACGGGCUGGACGAAAAGUGCGGCGCCCUCAACCAGUGCGAGCAAUCCUCAGUCUUCUGCCCCAGCGGGUCCCCGGACCGGUGUAUUGGGCGGGACUUGCUCUGCGACGGCCGCGUGGACUGCAGCGACGGAUCCGACGAGUCUCUCUGCGGCAACUGCCCAGCCUCCUUUUGCCUUAAUGGUGGCCACUGUGACGUCGUGAAUGCUGGACGACCCACUUGCACCUGCCCGGACGGUGCGUCGGGAGAGCGCUGCCAAAACAUCGCCAGAGGCUCGGCUGACCUGCAGCAGCAUUCGACCUCGUCGACUGGCUGGGCCAUUGCUGUGCCAGUGCUCCUCAUCUUGGUCGGUGUUGCGAUCAUCGGGUUCUUGUACCAGAGGAGAAGGAAAGCCAUGCGAAGAUCACCACCUUUGAUCCUAAACAAUCCGUCGUAUGACACAUCCUUCAGCGAAACGUAAAUCGCUUAGAAUAUUCACAUCGACACCCAGAAAAGAGUAUUGUCUUCGCAGGAUCUAGUCAAAGGGAUACAACUGAUGUGUAAUAGUAAACGAAAUGCAGUAUCAAGCCAUGGGGGCCCAUAAAAUCUGCAUUUGGCAAGCUGGAAGCAUCAACCAAAUAUUGAAGCAAGAUAAUUAUUUUUUUUAUUAGACAAGGAUCGCACUUUGUUCAACUAUUUAUAAUGGCCGGGAUAGUGCUCGUAAAUGAUUGAACGCAAAGCUGUCGUAUGCCUGUCAUUUCUGAGACAAUUAAACUUUCUUGAUUCGCUUGUCA